AUGGUUAAUGUUGCGGCAGAAUACAUCAGUGUCGGCGGCAACCGUCACCCCGGGGCCGCCGACUGGGACGUCGCGUCGGGCGUGCUUGCGUAUGGAGCGGACAACAAUGUCGCAUUGUGGGCGCCAGAGGACAAAUCAAACCAUGGCGUCUUUGCCCUGCUAGUCGGCCAUCGAGACAAGGUCAGCGCUGUGCGCUUCCUGUCAUCCCCCGAGACCAAAACCAGUCUGCUGCUCACAGGGUCCGUGGACCACACGAUUCGAGUAUGGAAACCACAUGCGACGAGAGGAUACACGUUUGCCUGCGAGCUCGCUGGACACACUGGCUCUGUAAAUGCAAUUGCUGUCGGGAAGGCAUCGAAUACCGUGGCCUCGGGAGGAGCUGACGGGACAGUCAAGAUCUGGAGACUGAAUAUUGAAAAUGAUUCGAUCUCGGGUCAGUUGCUGCAAACAAUACCCAUGAAACCCCGGUUCUUUCCAUUGGCUCUGGCGCUGUUAUCGCUGGAUACUCAGGACCCAAAGAGACCUAUGGUGCUGGCUGUGGGCGGGACAACGAAUCACGUUCACAUAUUUGCAACACAGGAUACAACAGAAAACGGAGAGUUUUUAUGGUUCGCGAAAUUAUCUGGUCAUGAAGCUUGGGUGAGAUCGCUUGCCUUCAAAGAGAACACGAGUCAGUCGCAGAACGAUUUUUUUCUGGCUUCAGCCAGUCAGGAUAAAUACGUUCGGCUGUGGAGGAUCCGCCGUGGUGAAGCAGAACCGAUGGUCUCGACAGAUCCAGAUGAUAUCAUGCUUGCAGGAGAUGCACCAACACUAUCCAACAAAGCGUAUACUUUCAACGCCUCUGGUUCGAUUUAUUCCGUGACGUUUGAAGCCCUGCUCUUAGGACACGAAGACUGGAUAUAUACUGCGAACUGGAACCCGAAUGCCGACAAGACACAGCUCCUUUCUGCAUCUGCAGAUAAUUCAUUAACAAUUUGGGAGCCAGAUGCAACCACUGGCGUCUGGGUAACGAUUGAUCGAAUGGGAGAAAUUAGCGCCCAAAAGGGCUCUACUACCGCAACCGGUUCCACUGGAGGCUUCUGGAUUGGCCUGUGGUCUCCAGAUGGGAAACAGAUUGUAAGUCUCGGUCGGACAGGCAGCUGGAGGGCAUGGGAGCAUGACCAAGAAGCGGACUUUUGGCAACAAAAGCUGGGCAUCACAGGUCAUGUUCGGUCUGUCAACGAUGUUCGAUGGGAUGCAAGAGGAUCGUAUCUCUUGUCUACGAGCUCUGACCAAACAUCCCGGCUUCAUGCCCAGUGGCUGCGAGAUGGAUCUUCAUCGUGGCAUGAAUUUUCAAGACCUCAGAUUCAUGGUUAUGAUCUGAACUGUUUAGACUCACUGGGCCCUGCGAGGUUCGUUUCUGGGGCUGACGAGAAGCUCUUGCGGGUCUUCAACGAGCCUAAGCAAAUUGCCCAAUUACUAGAAAACCUUUGCGGGAUAUCACCACCUACAGACGAUGAACUCCCCGAGACCGCAAACAUCCCAGUUCUCGGACUUUCAAACAAAGCUGCUGGCGAAGAUAUCACAGUCACAGACGACCAGAUGAUGGCCAAUCAAGGAAACAAAGAAUCAGAGGCAGCACCCCCGGUUUUGUUGCCAAUGCAUCAGCCUCCCCUCGAAGAUUAUCUUGCUCGACACACGCUAUGGCCCGAGUAUGAGAAGCUCUACGGCCACGGAUAUGAGAUAUCAGCAGUGGCAGUUAGCCACGACCGCUCGCUGAUUGCUACCGCAUGCAAAGCGAGCUCAAUCGAUCAUGCUGUCAUACGACUCUACGACACAAAGGACUGGCAUGAGAUCAAGCCUUCCUUGGCUGCUCAUUCUCUGACUAUCACGGCUCUGUCCUUCUCGGAGACAGAUGAGUACUUGCUGAGCGUGGGGCGCGAUCGCCAGUUUGCAGUAUUCAAGCGGGACGACGCCGAGCCAUCCAAAUUCUCCCUGUUAUCGUCGAAUCCCAAAGCCCACUCCAGAAUGAUACUCGACGCAGCCUGGUCGCCUGCUUUGACCGAGUCUCCAGUCUUUGCAACAGCAGGACGAGACAAGUCUGUAAAGCUGUGGCAAAUGAAAUCGGACAACACAUUUGAAUGUGUAUCCACAAUACCACUGCAAACUUCUGUCACUAGUAUAUCUUUCUGUUCACCAGAACAACAGCAAGAUGUCUUUUACCUGGCUGCCGGAGAGGAAACUGGCCAGAUUUCGGUUCACCGCGUUUCAGCAUCGACUCUCGAAUCGCAGGAGCUGGUGACUAUCGACAAGGCCAUUGCUCCGUCAAAAUCAAUCACACAACUCGCAUGGCGGCCGCUAGAUAUAAAUAAAAAGGCGGAGGCUGGUGAAACGUCUCGGCUUCUUGCUACUGCAAGUGAGGAUGCAUCGGUCCGGAUAUAUAGAGUCACAGAGCUAUGA